CAAGCCUUUUCGGAAAGCAGCAGACCGAACUGAACUGGGCCGAGUGGGUGCCCGGCGUGGCUCUUCUUAUAUACUACGACCACAAGUCUUCCUCUUUGCUUCUUCCUUGACCACAAAACGGAAAGAGGAACCCAUCUAGGUCUCGGCGGCGGAGGCGGUUUGAUCUCAUCGCCGGCGAUCUCCUCCUUCCUUCACCACCCGCCCUCUCCCUAUCCCGCUUCAAGGAGCGGUCGAUCCGUCGGUGGCCAUGUCGUCCGCCUCCGCAACCUCUUGUGUUUAUGGAGAAUUUUGGAUUAACGACUUUGCCAGGCUGCAAACAUCGGAUGAUUCCACUUCUAGUACAUCAUCAAAGGAGUUUCAGGAGUUCCAGGAUUUUUGGCUUGCUUGCGCCAAGCGCCAAAUGAGCCUUAGGCCCACGUCGCCGUCCCAUGAGGAGCUGAUGAAGCGCAAACAAGAGCGUUAUCGCAAGAGUUUGGUUAUAGCGCUCAACACAUAUGCCAAGCGAAACAAUAUGCAGAUUACUGAUUUUGAAUUCGUGGAAGAGAAAGAAAGGAAUCUAGUUUCUGGAAUGCUUGGAGGAUAUGUGCAUUCCAACUUUGUGGUGAAAGGUGUAGAUGGCAGAUCAAUUUUGUUCUUUGCUGAGAUGGAGCAUGAUUGCUUGCAGGAAGAGCAUGUUGUUCUCUGCACUCCGUUGGAAGACGAGGACUCUGGUCACUGUUUCGGGUGCAAUAAGCGGGCAAGGAAGCUUAGGCAUCCCACAUGUGGUGGCUACUUGGGUGGACUCGAGGAUGUGCCGUUUCCUUAUGUGGAGGAGGAUAGUGAUGAUGAGUGCUUUCUUGAAUGAGUCUAUAUAUGUUUCCAACAAGACAGAGCUGCAAAUUCGGUCUAGUCUCUAUGCUGAGAGUGCGUAAGAAGACGGAGUGCUUUGGUAACAGCAGGCUGUGACAAGUAGGGGCCGAAGCAUAUGUAUCUUUAUUAUUGAUGUUAUAAUAAGUAGACUAGAUGCCUCAAAAAAUAUGUAAUGUUAACUAGAAUCAUGCUUGUGACAAUUUCGUUUUGUUUGUUUGUAAUAAGUUAGAAUGGAGGAUGAUAUAUAUAUAUAUAUAUAUAUAUAUAUAUAUAGUUAUAAAUUGUUGAUUUACCUUUUUCA